CCAGCCUCAUACUUUCUCAAGGAAGGACAUAUGACUGUGGUGUUUGUGAGGUCGUAUUUAAGAGUCAGAGCUGCUAUUUGUUGUCUGCUGUGUGCAGGCUCAGUGCUAGUGCCUUUCCAGACACCUCAUUUGGUCUUCAGACAUCGCUGCAAGCUGAGAGCCCGAGGGUGGGUGAGGUUUCAGAGAUGUCAGACAUCCUGCGGGAGCUGCUCCGCGUCUCUGAGAAGGCUGCUAACAUCGCCCGGGCCUGCCGGCAGCAGGAGGCCCUCUUCCAGCUGCUCAUCCAGGAGAAGAAAGACUCAGAGAAGAACAAGAAGUUCGCUGCAGAUUUCAAGACCCUGGCGGAUGUGCUGGUGCAGGAAGUUAUAAAACAGAACAUGGAGAACAAGUUUCCAGGUUUGGGAAAGAAAAUUUUUGGAGAAGAAUCCAAUGAGUUCACAAAUGAUUUGGGGGAAAAGAUCACUGUGGAACUACGGACCACGGAGGCGGAGACAGCAGAGCUUCUCAGCCGAGUCCUUGAUGGCAACAUGCCGGCGUCUGAAGCGUUGGCUAAGGUGGUGCAUCAGGAUGUGGACUUAACUGACCCCACUCUGGAGUCCCUGGAGAUCCAGGUCCCGCAGGACAUUCUGGGAAUUUGGGUGGAUCCCAUCGAUUCAACCUAUCAGUACAUUAAAGGUUCUGCCGACGUGAAGUCCAACCAAGGAGUUUUCCCCAGUGGACUUCAGUGUGUGACCAUUUUAAUUGGCGUCUAUGACAUCCAGACAGGCAUGCCCCUGAUGGGAGUCAUCAACCAACCUUUCGCGUCUCAAAACCUGACGACACUAAGGUGGAAAGGACAGUACUACUGGGGCCUUUCUUACAUGGGGACCAACAUCCAUUCCCUGCAGCUCGCCACCUCGAAAGGGAACGACGGUGAAACCCAGACUGAACACGCAGACGUGGAGCUCGCCCGCCCCUGUUCUGCGGUCAUCAGCACCAGCGAAAACCAGACCAUCAAAGCCGCGCUGUCGCGCGUGUGCGGGGGCGGCGUCUUCCCCGCGGCUGGGGCGGGCUACAAGAGCCUCUGUGUAGUCCAAGGCCUGGUGGACAUUUACAUCUUCUCAGAGGACACCACGUACAAGUGGGACUCCUGCGCAGCUCACGCCAUUCUGCGGGCCAUGGGUGGGGGCAUUGCAGACAUGAAGGAGUGCUUGGCGAGAAGCCCCCAAACGGGGCUGGACUGGCCACAGCUGCUGUAUCACAUGGAAAACAGAGGCGCUUCCGGGGUGGACCUCUGGGCCAACAAGGGAGGACUGAUAGCGUACAGGUCCAGGCAUCGGCUGGACUCCUUCCUGAGCUGCCUCAUCCAAAACCUCGGGCCUUUGAAGACACAGACGUAGGACUCUGACCUCAACUCGCCCUUGAACCGAACUGAACCUCUUCUUGUUAAUCUCCAUCUGUCAAAUAUAGUUUCGUCCUAUUGAUGGUUAAUGUUCACCGUCCUCCUUUGAGGAACAUUUCCCCCAUUAUGUGUUCAUAAUGUUAAUUUCAGUAAAUUAAUGACAUUCAUGUCACAACUAAGUUGGUAUAUAAUAUUCUUAUAGUGAACGUUGUGCUGUUAAUGCUGCUUGGAAACCAUCAAUAAAGUACCAAGGGAGGAGCAAAAA